CGGUGUGGCUGCUCGCUGCUCCGCCGGGCCUAUGUGUUCACGUCUAUACAAACGCCGCAAUCCAUGCGUCCGUCUUGCCCCCCUGUACCCCUCCACCAGGCUAGCUCUUUUCUGCAUCCGUUAGAGACCAGGGCCGCUGCCGCCUGCCGCUAGCUGCAUGCUGGCGCCCGCCCGGAUGGCGCUCGCGAGAUGCCCAAUAGCGCGUGUUGAGGGAUGACGGAUGUUAGUUACUAAGCUGGACUCGGAGCGGCGGAGGUAGGGCUAGAGACCUGGACACUACCGUGGCCCCGCAUCGCCGGGUGGAACCUCGAGGCUCUGCCAGCCCGUCCCAACGGAGCCUCACCAGCGACCGCGCCCGUGCCAGACCCAGAGCGGAGUAGCCCCGCGCUCCCCCUGCCUGCCAAAGAGCUGAGGCGGCCCCGUCCGCGUAGGGAGCGGUUUCCCGCCGGGGCGAUUUGGCAGGUGCGCGCCGUGACUUCCGGCGUUGCCCCGGAGCCGCCGGAGGAGGAGCGGCGCAGGGGAUGCGGCUGUGGCGGCGGCGGCGGCGGCCGAGCGCAGGAGGCGGCUGUGGCGGCGGCUGGGGGCGCGGGCCGGCGAUGGCGCGGUGGCGCUGAGGGCAAGGGUGGGCGGCGGCCGGAGGGCAGGCGGCGCGGGAGGAAGCGGCGGCGGCUCCAUGGCCCAGGCGCGCUGAGGGACACGGCUCUGGCCUCAGCCCGGCGGCGGCCGAACAAUGAAGCUCUUGAAGCCAACCUGGGUCAACCACAAUGGCAAGCCAAUAUUUUCAGUUGAUAUUCACCCUGAUGGGACCAAGUUUGCAACUGGAGGACAAGGGCAGGAUUCUGGGAAGGUUGUGAUCUGGAAUAUGUCUCCAGUCCUCCAGGAGGAUGACGAGAAGGAUGAAAGUAUUCCCAAGAUGCUUUGCCAGAUGGACAAUCACUUAGCAUGUGUGAACUGUGUGCGGUGGUCAAACAGUGGGAUGUAUUUAGCUUCUGGGGGAGAUGACAAACUGAUUAUGGUGUGGAAGCGGGCUACGUACAUUGGGCCCAGCACUGUGUUUGGCUCCAGUGGUAAGCUUGCCAAUGUGGAGCAAUGGCGGUGUGUCUCCAUCCUUCGGAGUCAUUCAGGGGAUGUGAUGGAUGUAGCAUGGUCUCCUCAUGACGCCUGGCUAGCCUCGUGCAGCGUGGAUAACACUGUCGUCAUUUGGAAUGCCGUGAAGUUCCCAGAAAUUCUUGCAACUCUGAGAGGUCAUUCUGGCUUGGUGAAAGGGUUGACUUGGGACCCUGUUGGUAAAUACAUUGCCUCUCAAGCUGAUGAUCGAAGCUUGAAGGUAUGGAGAACGCUAGACUGGCAGCUGGAGACCAGCAUCACCAAACCUUUUGAUGAGUGUGGAGGAACAACCCAUGUACUCCGGCUUAGUUGGUCACCUGAUGGCCAUUACCUGGUAUCUGCCCAUGCCAUGAAUAACUCUGGCCCCACUGCUCAGAUCAUCGAACGAGAGGGCUGGAAGACCAACAUGGACUUCGUGGGGCACCGGAAAGCUGUGACUGUUGUGAAAUUCAACCCAAAAAUCUUCAAAAAGAAGCAGAAGAACGGGAGUUCUGCAAAGCCUAGCUGCCCAUACUGCUGCUGUGCUGUCGGCAGCAAGGACCGCUCCCUCUCUGUUUGGCUCACGUGUUUGAAACGGCCUCUGGUUGUCAUCCAUGAGUUGUUUGACAAGUCCAUCAUGGAUAUUUCCUGGACUCUGAACGGGUUGGGUAUCCUGGUAUGUUCCAUGGACGGCUCUGUGGCAUUCCUUGAUUUCUCCCAGGAUGAACUUGGAGACCCCCUGAGUGAGGAGGAAAAGAGCCGCAUUCACCAGUCCACCUAUGGCAAGAGCCUGGCAAUCAUGACCGAGGCCCAGCUUUCCACAGCUGUUAUUGAGAACCCUGAAAUGCUCAAGUACCAGCGGAGACAGCAACAGCAGCAGUUGGACCAGAAGAAUGCCACGGCUAGGGAGACAAGCUCAGCAUCCUCAGUCACGGGUGUGGUCAAUGGAGAAAGUCUGGAAGAUAUCCGGAAGAAUCUUCUGAAGAAACAAGUGGAAACACGGACAGCAGAUGGUCGGAGGAGAAUCACGCCUCUCUGCAUAGCACAGCUGGACACUGGGGACUUCUCCACGGCCUUCUUUAACAGCAUCCCACUCUCCAGCUCCCUGGCAGGCACCAUGCUCUCCUCUCCUAGCGGUCAGCAGCUACUGCCACUGGACUCCAGUACCCCCUCCUUCGGCGCCUCAAAGCCUUGUCCAGAGCCAGCGGCAGCCGCUGGUGCCAGGCCUACAGGCGAGUCUGUCAGUAAGGACAGUAUGAAUGCUACCUCUACUCCCGCUGCAUUGUCACCCUCCGUGUUAACAACCCCAUCCAAGAUUGAACCUAUGAAAGCAUUUGACUCCCGAUUCACAGAGCGGUCCAAAGCCACACCAGGUGCUCCUUCCUUGACCAGUGUGAUCCCAACAGCUGUUGAAAGGUUGAAAGAGCAGAACCUCGUGAAAGAGCUGAGGCCUCGGGACCUCCUGGAGAGUAGUAGUGACAGUGACGAGAAGGUCCACCUGGCCAAGCCCUCUUCACUAUCCAAGCGGAAACUUGAGCUUGAGGUAGAGACAGUGGAAAAGAAGAAGAAAGGUCGCCCUCGGAAGGAUUCUCGUCUCUUGCCCAUGUCUCUGUCUGUCCAGUCUCCAGCUGCCCUGUCUGCAGAGAAGGAGGCCAUGUGUCUGUCUGCACCAGCACUUGCACUGAAGCUGCCAAUUCCAGGCCCGCAGAGAGCGUUCACCCUCCAGGUGAGCUCUGACCCUUCCAUGUACAUUGAGGUGGAAAAUGAAGUGACCGCCGUUGGGGGAAUAAGGCUGAGCCGCCUGAAGUGCAACCGAGAAGGGAAGGAGUGGGAGACGGUGCUCACCAGCCGUGUCCUCACCGCUGCUGGCAGCUGUGAUGUGGUAUGUGUUGCCUGUGAAAAGAGGAUGCUGUCGGUGUUCUCUGCUUGUGGUCGCCGUCUUCUGCCUCCCAUCCUCCUUCCAUCUCCAAUCUCUACUUUGCAUUGCACGGGCCCCUACGUCAUGGCACUCACCGCUGCAGCCACACUCUCUGUCUGGGAUGUUCACAGGCAGGUGGUUGUGGUGAAAGAAGAGUCUCUACACUCCAUCUUGUCAGGAAGUGAUAUGACGGUAUCACAGAUCUUGCUAACACAGCAUGGAAUCCCAGUGAUGAACUUGUCUGAUGGGAAAGCAUACUGCUUUAAUCCAUCCCUCUCCACAUGGAACCUGGUUUCUGACAAGCAAGAUUCACUGGCCCAGUGUGCAGACUUCAGGAACAGCCUACCAUCCCAGGACGCCAUGCUGUGUUCAGGACCGUUAGCCAUAAUUCAGGGCCGCACCUCCAACUCUGGAAGGCAAGCUGCCCGGCUCUUCUCUGUGCCUCAUGUGGUGCAGCAGGAGACUACGUUGGCCUACCUAGAGAACCAGGUUGCCGCGGCACUUACCCUGCAGUCAAGCCAUGAGUACCGCCACUGGCUGCUCCUCUAUGCUCGGUACCUUGUGAAUGAAGGGUUUGAAUACCGACUCCGAGAAAUAUGCAAGGACUUGCUGGGUCCCGUUCACUGUUCUACUGGAAGCCAGUGGGAGUCAACAGUAGUGGGUCUGCGGAAGAGGGAGCUGCUGAAGGAGCUGCUGCCGGUCAUCGGGCAGAACCUGCGAUUCCAGCGCCUCUUCACUGAGUGCCAGGAACAGCUGGACAUCCUGAGAGACAAGUAGCCUGCCCUGGCUUGCCCCAGCUUUGGCAGGGGCAUGGCCACACUCUUGCCACUGGCAGGUGCCAGGGGCUAGCCCCCGCCUGUCAGGGUGGUAGUGGAGAGAGAACUUGGCAGAAGAUGUAUUGUGCUGUACCAGCACAGGCCAGCUCCCUGGGUGGACAUACCCAGGCCCGGGGUGACUCCAAAGGGGCAGCUUGUCCUUCCACAGGCCCAACUGUGGCCCUGGGGCUGGGACUGGGGCUCUGCCUCGCUGCCCUGGGGCCAGCAGCGGUCUCCUGAGCCCGUCUCCGCCUCGGCCCCAAGGUAGACACUCACUGGCUCCUGUCCUGGCGGGUGCCAUGCUGCUUCAGCUCUGACGAAGGAGCCAUCUGUGAGAGCGAGAGCCUGGGAGCGGUAGGGGUUCUGCAGCCCGCAGACGGACCCGAAGCCUGUGUGAAAGCAAAGCUGUUCUGACACAUGGACUAUUUUUGUACUAGAAUUUGCUAACUUGGAAUAUGGAGUUUCUUUUGGUCGAUCAGGAUAUCCCUAUAAGUUACUUGGACAUUGGUUACUUGUAGGAAAUUUAAACUCUAAUUAUGACAGCUACACUGAAAAUAAUUGUACUGAAAUUAACUUGUCUAUCUUCAUUUGGUUUAAUUUUUAAAUGUUUGUAAAAAGAGACACUUUGUGUGUUGGGGGGAUGGGACAAAGGGGAGGGCAAUUUUUUUUCUAAGUGUAAAAUAAAUGAACAUGCAUUGGAUACCAAA